AUGUACGUAGAUGUCGACUCUGCAUUGGCUAAGGAUGUGAAAGAGACUAGGGAAGAAAAUCCUGUACCAAAUGAUAUUAAGGAGCCGCAUGAUGAGGAGGAGGAAGAAUACGUGGAUUUGACAUUGGUUGACCCCCCAAAAAAGUCACCAGGAAAUGAGCUUGGCUGCAAGUUGGCAUUAGGUUAUGUUGAAAAUAUUGUUGCUUAUGCCACUGUAAUGGAGUGCGAUGAUCCCUCCCAAACAAUUCAUGGUGCUCCACUAGGUGAUGGUAAUAAGCGUGUUUCCAUCUAUACCGCGCUUGAUGAGAAAGCAAAGGUACCAUUUCCUGUUAAAGAUGAAAUUGAAACUGUUAAGCAGGCUAUGGGGAGUUGGGUAGCAUGGCCUAAGGACCUAAUCAUUCCGUCACCUGUGAAGAAAGUUGUGUUGGAUAAUGCUGAAAAGAAGAGGAAAAAGAAAGUCGACAUGGAUGAACAAGACUCAGAGGUUCAAUUUAGCUUGGCAGCAAUGGCACCCACAUUACCAGAAUCAUUGAAGAUGCUAUGUAUGUGGGGUGAGUCUGCAUUUAGAGAUGGGCAUACCAUCAACUUCAUCAUGGAACCUGAAGUAUUUGGAUAUUCUCGAAAGACUUUUAUUUUGGGAUCAGAUGUUAGGCGACUUGCAAGCAUGAGAGAAGUCUCUGGAAAUUGCAUUGCUGUGUACCAGAGGUACCUAUAUGACCAGUUGACUGCUUAUAAAAUGGUGGACAUGGUUGCAUUUGUUGACCCUUCACGAAUUGGUGGAAAAGGAAGUGGGAAUGGAACUGUGAGGGCCCAACACAUAAGAGAUAGGCUUCUAACUGCCAAACCAGGCCAAAUGUUCAUGUUGCCAUAUAACUCGGUUGAUCAUUGGAUGUUGACAAUUGCUGAUCCUGACCGAGGUACUGCAUAUUUUAUGGAUCCUUUGAAAAAACGCUUACCCACUGGAGAUUGGAUGUCUCUUCUGGAAACUGCAUUUGGUAUGUUUAAUGCUGAAAGGAAGAAGAAGGGCCGGAGUUCAGUCAUUUGGAAAAAUUUGGCGGGCAUUCCUCCUCAACCGAGCAACAAGGAGUGCGGGUACUUUGUGAUGCGAUACAUGCGAGAUAUCAUUGAGGAUAAAGACUUGUCGUUGUUUGCUACCAAGUGGGAGAGGAGAGGUAACAGCCAAUAUACCCAAGAAGAUAUUGAUAAGUUGCGAAAUGAGUGGGCGAAGUUUGUGGUGAAGACGUAUGUGUAG